AUGGAAAGGUGGCAUAAUCGAGUAGCGGUUGUAACUGGAGCCAGCUCCGGUAUUGGGGCUGCAGUUGCGGAGGACCUGGUCAAGGCUGGACUCGUGGUGGUUGCUUUGGCACGGCGGGAAUCUAGACUACAGGAAAAUAAAAAAUCAUUGCCCACUGAUCUGCAAUCACGAUAUCAUCCAAUUAAGUGUGACGUUACCAACGAGGACGAUGUUAAGAAGGCUUUCGCGUGGGUGGAUGAAACUCUUGGUGGAACUGAUAUUCUCGUUAACAACGCAGGAACAUUUCAUUAUGGGGAGAACCUGAUUGAUCCCGGCAAUACGGAAAUAAUUCGUAAGACCCUAGAUACAAAUGUUACGGCCGUUGUGUUCUGCGUUCGUGAAGCCUUCAAUUCCAUGAAAAAGCGAAAUUUCGAUGGCCAUGUGAUUAUCGUUAAUAGCGUCGUUGGACACACCACUGAGCGAAUUCCUGGAGGAAAUAUCUACCAACCAUCCAAAUACGCUGUUACUGCUAUGGCUCAAACGUAUCGACAUGAAUUCGCACAUGCUGGCACAAAGGUCAAAAUCACGAGUAUUAGUCCUGGUGCUGUUGAUACGGAGCUCGUUCCCGGGGGCCUAUUAGAAAGCUUUGGAAUUCCCUAUUUGAGUCCGGCAGACAUUUCAAACGCUAUACUGUACGCGAUUGCUACUCCACCCAAUGUUCAAAUUUAUGAAUUGACGAUUGAGCCAGUAGCAUCGCUGAUGCCGAAACAGAAAAAUUAA